CGAAUCGCGUCCUAGUAUCGUGUCCGGGACUUUCCCGGGAAGCGGCCUGCGUGAAAGCGGCCGUUAAAUUCCCGGCUCACAGCAGAUGGCUGAUGACUUAAAUAUCAUCAGGGCCGAUGUCACUUUCUCCCUCUUUGCAGGAAGACAAAAAGCAGUAAACGAUCAUCGCAAUUAUAAACAUAGCAAGCUGGAAACGGCUAAAUAAAACUGAAAACAUGACCAAAUCAAAUGCUCAAUUAUUACGUCCGGGUCAGUAGGCCAGGUAACCCAGGCCAGGGUUCUCUCGCUAACUUUUUAAAAUAUAUGUAACGGGUACAUGCCGGUCCGUUGUGGAGCGUGGAAACCUCCCUGCCGAUUCCAUCGCGUAGGGACGCUGGCGGCUGUGCCGUUGGCUCAAGCUUAAUGGUUAGCGUCGCUACCUGCCGAGUGGAAGCGUCGUGGCACGCGGGUUCGUGUCCCAGCCAAGUCAGAGAUGGGAGCGGCGCUGACACACCGGUUACGUAUGUAUACUGAAACCAUGUAUGGAUGUUAAACUAAGGAAUACUUGUUAUAAAAUAAAUAAUUUGGAUAAAAAAGGAGAAGGUGCUGUAUGGUCAAUGCAGAGCCAGAGUGUGCCAUCUGCCCUUUUUAAUCUUCCCCUCUGCGAGUCCGCAAAACCGCAUUUGUUUAUUCAUAUUUAACCAACUUUUCCCGCGUUAUUUUGUUGUGUAAAUUAGGCCUGUUAACAAUAACGCGUUAACGACCAUGAUUAAUCUGGAAAUAUUAACACAUUAAAAAAAAAAAGAACUUUGCCGCUCACACUAAGUUUGGCCACAGCUGCCUCCCGUAGUCCCACACGGUCAUGUUUACAUUCUCCACGCGGCAAUGCAGGACAAAACGCAGUCAGCCACGAUGAGUGAGGAUGAUGACCCAGGACUGCCUCUUGGCAAAUUCCAUUUUAAAAAGCAUUCCUAAAGUACCACCUUCGGGCAAAGCAUAUCUUCGCUAGUGUUAGCAAUGAUGCUAACACCGCAAACACAAGCCGCAGUCAUCAAGCUACGCUGGCAGAGUGCGGACUCGGACUUGUCAACAAAAGGACAACUAGUAGGUUGACUACUGCUAUCGCUAGAUGGGUAGCCAGAGACUGUAGACCCAUUAACUUAGUCGAAGACAAGGGCCUUAAAUCCAGAUAGCAUCGGGCGACCCAACAUACAGAACUCCUUCACGGGCAACUAUUGCCACAAAAAUUCAUGAACUUUUUGAAAAUGAAAAGGCAACGAAGGUGGAGCAACUAACCAGAGUUUCGUUUGUUGCACGACAGGAGACCACUGGACAAAAAAAAGGCGCUUACGCGGCUCGCUCAGGGAACCCGCUGUUCUCGGCCCACGACAACCUGAGCCCCGUGGUGACGACGGAGCAGAACUUUGACAGCUUGCUGAUCCCGAGCGGACACCCCGGCAGGAAGCGUGGCGACAACUACUACCUGAACAGGACCACCAUGCUUCGCUCUCACACCUCGGCCCACCAGAAAGAGCUGGUGAGCGCGGGUCUGGACGCCUUCCUGUUGGCCGGAGACGUUUACAGACGGGACGAGAUCGACGCCAGCCACUAUCCCGUUUUUCACCAGAUGGAGGGCGUGCGCCUCUUCUCCAACCGCCAGCUCUUCUCCGGCGUCGCUCACGGCCAAGACCUGAACGCGUUUGAGGCGGCGGGUCGCCGGACGCCCCAAAAGCAGGAAGUUCACAGCCUGGAGGCCGUCAAGCUGCUGGAGUCGGACCUGAAAACGACGCUCCGCGCGCUGAUCGGCCGUCUGUUCGGAGAAGGCGUGGAGGUGCGCUGGCUGGACUGUUACUUCCCUUUCACUCAUCCCUCGUUUGAGAUGGAGGUGCGUUACAACGGCGUCUGGAUGGAGGUGCUGGGCUGCGGAAUCAUGGAGCAGCGAAUCCUCAACUCGGCCGGCGCCGCCGACAAGGUGGGCUGGGCGUUCGGACUGGGCCUGGAGCGCCUGGCCAUGGUUCUCUACGACAUCCCCGACAUCCGAAUCUUCUGGAGCCGAGACGAACGCUUCCUCAAACAGUUCCGUGUGGACGACAUCCAUCGGCGGGUCCGCUUCCAGGCGCUGAGCAAAUACCCGCCGCUGCGCAACGACAUCUCCUUCUGGCUUCCCGCCGACGAGGCCGCCUUCCACGCCAACGACUUCUACGAAUUGGUGCGCGCCGUCGCCGGGGACCUGGUGGAGGAGGUCACUCUGCUGGAUGACUUCACGCACCCCACGAGCGGGAGGCGGAGUUUGUGCUUCCGUCUGGUUUACCGCCACACGGAGCGCACGCUGAGCCAGCGAGAAGUCCGGCGAGUUCACGGCGAAAUCCAACGGCGGGCCCAAACGCAGCUGGGCGUGGAGGGACGCUACUGAAACGGGAGCCCGUCGCGGAUUCGUCGGACGAAUGGGACGUUUUUUUCAAUGACCUUCACAACUGACCUCGAAGCAUGUCGUGAGCAACAAUCAAGACAAAAUGGAUGGCUAUUUCCUUCAAAAAUCCCAUUUGAUGAAAUGACAUAACUGCAGUCUCCAACUAUAUCAAUUGGUUGGCAUGGAAGAGUUGUUGCGGCCUUUUUAAGAAGCUAGACGCUCUGAAAAUUGUUGCUUUCCAAAGUUACAGCAGAUUUUUCUGUUCUUGUCCUACUUUGACUAAAUAAAAAUAUCAUCUGAUCAUA